ACUGACAGCUGCCACCAGUGUAAGUCCAUCGUUCAAAUCGGCAAGAACCUGGCACUGGUGAAGCCAGAUUGGGUUCCAGAGAUCUUCACCAAGAUCUGCAUCCUCAGUGGCAUAGCAUCUGAGGAUACAUGCAGAAACUACAUGGGAAGAAGCACCGUUGAGUCUGUCAGUGCUGGUACGGACUACACCAACAUGCUUCAAUUGAUUGACCCGUGGUCGCUGGAUGGUGAUUAUAUCUGCUAUUUCAUUCUGCUACAGAGAUGUCCACUGCCAGAGUUGCCAAACAUUGACCUUUCCUCAUGGUGGCCAGAGAAGCCUGAGUCGUCUUACAUUGCACCACCACCAAGCAAUGAAACGUUCAAUGUCUUGCACAUCUCUGAUUUCCACAUCCAAUUGGACUAUGAGCUUGGCUCUGAAGGUAACUGUACCAACCUGCUGGGCAUGUGCUGUACAGAUCACAGCUGGAACAAGCUCGAGAAGCCAGGCCAUGUUGAUAACUCGCACCUUAGGUUCUUUGACUCGUACUACGACGAUGAUGAACAGUUCCAGCUUGGUGAUGACGUGACCAGAGAAGUCUUCAACGCUAGCGUUUGGGACCCAGCUCAGCAAUUUGGGCACUACAAGUGUGACUCGCCAGAACUGCUCAUCAACUCUUCGUUGAAGUCCAUCGUAGACUAUCAAAAGGAGAAUGAUCUGGCUCUCGAUUUUGUCAUCUUCACCGGUGAUAUUGUUGAUCAUGACGAGUUUGAAGCCAUCAGCUACCAAGACACCAUUGAUUCUGAGACAACAAUCUUCAGAGACAUGAAGAAGUACUUCAAGAACACCCCAGUGUAUUCCGUCUUGGGCAAUCACGACACGUUCCCGUAUGGUCAGCUUGCUUCGGAAGCCACUGGUCAUAGAAACCUGUAUGAAUGGAACGACCAAUUGGCUGCUGAGUUGUGGAUUGGAAACGGAUGGCUUCCUGCAGAGAAGUAUGGGCAAAUCAAGAAGCACUACACAGGCUACUCUGUUGAGACAAGCAGAGGGUUGAAGGUCAUUGCACUGAACUCCAACGCAUACUAUAAAGGCAACUUGUACAAUUACUGGAACAUGACUGAUGGUAUUGACCAGUACGGUUCGUUGAAGUUCCUGAUCGAUGAGCUUGUCGAGUCUGAAUCUAAAGGACAAAGAGUGUGGAUCAUAGCCCACAUUCCGUUCAUUGUCGAUUCCAUCCCAAUUCAAGCUGAAGCCUACAAGCAGAUCGUCACCAGAUUUGCACCAGCUACAAUUGCAGGCCUGUUCUUUGGACACACGCAUCAGGAUGAGUUCAACGUGUUGUAUGCGCAUGAUAACAAGACAAUCGACAAUGCUCUCAUGAACACGUGGAUUGCUCAGUCCGUGACACCUUGGAUCAACUAUAACCCAGGAUGGAGAUACUAUGAGGUCGACAGCGAGACCUUCUCCAUCGUCAACUCCUACAACUUCUAUACAAAGCUGAACGAGACCUUCAGCGAUGAUGGUCAAGAACCAGUCUGGGAGCGUCUGUACAGUGCAAGGGAGUCAUACGACCCACAGGGGAAAUGGCCAUCCAAUGCUCCUCUAAAUGCCACCUUCUGGGCAACAGUGGCCGAGGACAUCAAAGACAAAGGCGAUGUGUCUCAAUUGUAUGCUGGUUUAUCCUUCAGAGAGUCUCCAUUUGUUCCAAGGUGUUCCGAGGGAGAAUGUGACGACACCUACUGCUAUGUCACCUCCUUCACGUUGAACGACUACUUCAAGUGCACUGGCAAGUUCUGA